AUGUUUCUCACUGGAGAAAGACUUCAGAAUCCACUUCCUGGAACAGUUAUUGAAGUAGACAUUACAGAAGGGAAUGGCAAAAUUGAGACUUUAAGCCCUGAGGACAGCCUCUCAGUUAGCUCCAAGGGACUGCUCCAAAGUGGCAUCUGGUGGGAAAGGCGAGUUAGUGGGAAGUUCCUGCUGCAGCCUUACGCCUGCUCCGGUAGCUCGCCAGCCUGCCGCUCCACUGCUUUCCAACUCUUCCGUCCAGCUUCCACAGCAGCCGCAGCCGCUUCCGCUUCCACUUCUGCCUCCAUCUUAGCCCGUGCGGGUGCACGCGUCCCAACCUGCAGCGGUCUCCUCCACUUAGGUGAGUCUUUGCUGGUCACAGAGCUAAUGAUGGAAGAGUUUGGGGAACAGGGCGCAGCCGGUCCCUUAAUCGGUGCGGCGGUGCAAGCCUCUCCCCAAGCCUUAAUGGGGUACUCCUUAGAUGAGGACUUUAUUGAGAGCCUGCCUCUGGCAGUUAAGUAUCGAGUGUACGCUCUCAAAAAGCUUCAGGUCAAAUCUGCAGGCCUAGAAGCCAAGUACUUGAGGGAAUUUCAUUCCAUCGAGAGGAAAUUUGCCGGCAUAUAUGGGCCCUUAUUGGAAAAGAGGCGCCAGAUCAUCAAUGCGCUCUACGAGCCCACAAAAGAGGAGUGUGAGGUGAAGUCCAAGGCCGAGGACUAUGAUGCUAAUGAGGUGGAAGAUGAUUGUAAUGCUCAGAUGCAGGGUCCAGAGGAGAAUCCGGAGUAUGAAGACUUGGAGGAAUAUUGCGAGCAAGAUUUCGAAGAUAUGGAGGAACACUUUGGGGAGUAUGAAGGACUCCAGGGACAUAAUGUGGACGGAGAGAAAGAGGAACCUACAGGGAUCCCCAAUUUCUGGCUCAUGGCUUUAAAGAACGUCGAGGAGGUCUCUCCCUUGAUUCAGAAAUAUGACGAGCCCAUUCUGAAACUCUUGCGGGACAUGAAAGUCAAGUUUUCAAAACCCAACGAGCCACCCUCCUUCACUCUGGAAUUUCACUUUGAACCUAACGACUACUUCACAAAUGAAGUGCUGACCAAAACUUAUACGCUCAAAUCUAAGCUCCAUUACUCUGACCCCCACCCCUUUAGGGGAUCUGCAGUGGAGCAUUGCAAUGGCUGCAAGAUAGAUUGGAAGGAGGGGAAGAACAUCACUGUGCAAAGGGUCCUGAAGAAGCAGAGGCACAAGUUUUGGGGACUAAUGCGCACUGUGACUCAGGAAAUUCCCCGAGAAUCCUUCUUCAACUUCUUCAGUGCUCUCCGGUGGGGUCUGGAUGCAGAUGAAGAUGAGGAGGACGUCUUCAUUGCUCACACUUUGCGCACCUUUGUCAUCCCAAGAGCUGUGUUAUACUUCACAGGAGAAGCGCUUGAGACUGAGCAAGAGGGGGUGAUCAGGGAAUGUAAUGACCUGUUUUAUGACAAAGUCACUCAUGAAAACGGGGUGGCUGUUGUUGAGGGUGCUAAAGAUCAAUGCCUGGACUCUCAGGCAGAAGAUAUUGAUCGCUAA